AUGGCACUUCCAUUCCCGUAUGAGAUCAAGGACGUCACCGAAGAAGAGGACAAAGUUAUAAAGAAGUAUUACAAACAGUACACGAGGCCAUUCAUCCGAAUUGGUCCACAUGGAUACAUUUUAAACGCUGGAUACGCAGACCAUGCUUCUGAGAUUUAUAACUUCGAAGUGCGACCUGAUGAUGUAUGGGUUACCACCUUCUCUAGAUCAGGCACCACGUGGUUGCAAGAACUCGUAUGGUUGGUAGCGAACAACCUCGAUUUUGAGACAGCGACGAAAGACUCGAUAACCAAAAGAUUCGCUUACAUUGAGUACACGACCCUAAAUUUGGAGAUACAUGGGGACCAGGAAUUAAGCCCAAAUGCUCCCCGAGCGACGUUCGAAGAUUUCCGAAGUUUGCCGAAGUCGCCAUCGCCGCGGUUCAUCAAGUCCCAUUUACCGCUGUCACUUCUCCCGCCUAAAUUACUUGAUACUACCAAAGUGUUCUACAUAGCCCGCGACCCGCGAGACGUGGCGGUAUCGUUUUACUUCGCACACAAACUGUUCCGAUACUUCGACGACAAUGUCCAACUCAAGGAGUACUGGGACCUGUUCCAGAAAGAUUUGAUACUUCACACACCCAUAUUCCCUCACGUUGUGGAAGCUUGGGAAAAACGAGAACAUCCCAAUCUAAUGUUUUUGUUCUACGAAGACAUGCAAAACGACCUCCGCGCCGUCAUAGACAAGGUGUGCAAGUUCUUAAACAAGGAGUACACAGAAGAGCAGAAACAACAGCUGGUCGAUUAUCUGGACUUCAAGAAUAUGAAGAAGACACCAAUGACGGACAAUAAGAAAGAAGGAGAAGGGGAAGUCACAUUCUUUAGGAAAGGUAAAUCCGGGAACUGGGUGCAAUAUUUCGACAGCGAAAUGAUGCGGGAAGCUGAAGAGUAUAUGGAGAAGAACUUGAAACUGACCGACAUGCGAUACCCUGUUGUUAAAAAAUAA